UGCCACGCCUUCUCUCUGACAGUAGCGUGAACGCGGAUGUUUUGUCAGGAUGCAGGCAUGAUCACUACCAGAGGUUUUCACUAAAACUUCUGUAAACCACGGCGUGAAUGCAGGAGACGUUUCGGUGCUUGAUGAUGCAGUCCGGGGUUUUGUGGUUGCUGUUCUCACUGACAGUUUGCGGUGCGAACUUUUCCCCGCCGGUGGUGAACAUCAGUCUGGACCAGACUCCGGAGCUGAGAUGGUCUCCACUUAAAGACCUCUUCAGUAAAGACUUCUUACAGAAAGCAGCAGCUCAGGUGAUCGAUUCGACAAUUCCAGCAUGGGUUCACCACGCUAUCAAACCUGUGGUGAGAGCUCUGGAGCGGUUUACCCCUCAGCCCUACGCUGCUGAGAUCAGAGGCAUGGCAGCUAUCUAUGGCUCUGACAUCUCCGACAUCCUCCUGCUCAACUUCGCCUAUGAAGUUUCCGCGUUCUGUACCAGUAUUGUGGCUCAAGACACCAAGGGAAGAAUCUAUCAUGGUCGAAACUUGGACUACCCCCAUAUUGUGCUCAAGAAUCUUACGAUCGAUAUUCAGUUCAUCAAAAAUGGAGAAGUGGCCUACAGGGGGACAUCUUUUGCUGGUUAUGUUGGGUUAUGGACUGGGCAAAGUAAAAACAAGUUCACUGUGACUGGGAAUCAGAGAGAUAAGGGCCACUGGUGGGACAAUAUCAUUUCUGCUGUCCUGUUUAAGAAUUCUCCUGUUAGCUGGCUAGUGAGAGAGACUCUUGAGGGGGCCUCAAACUUCCUGGAUGCAGCCAUACAGUUGUCUGCUGUACCCAUCAUCAGUGACGUGUACUACAUUGUGGGCGGUGUUUAUCCAGGAGAGGGUGUGGUCAUCACCAGAGACAGGGGCGGCCCUGCAGAUAUUUGGCCUUUGGAUACGAUCAAUGGAAACUGGUACAGGGUUGAGACAAACUACGACCACUGGCUGCCCACACCCAAGCAAGACACUAGAAAAGAAGUGGCUAUGAAAACACUGAAUGCUACAGGUCAAAAUAACAUCAACUUGCACUCUCUUUAUCAGGUUUUCUCAGUGGUUCCAGUGUGCAACAGGAGAACGGUCUACACGACAGUGAUGAGUGCAGCUGCCCCAGAAGAGUACAGAACCGUGAUUAGAGAGACCUGUGGUGAGUCCUUUGUGACAAAGGUCAACGGUCUAAACUAAAACCCACCACACUUUCAGUAGUUCCAGACUCACAUACAACCAUAACAUUGCAAAUGAGCCAAUUUUAAUUCUAAAUUUUACAAGGCUACAAUAAUGAACUGUAUAUUUAGCUCAAUGGUAAUGUAGUGACAUUAGUGAGAUCAGUGGAUCUCUGUGCACUAGUCGAUUUUAUCAUUGUUAUGGUUGUUUUUAUGAUUGCUGCUAAUGUUAAUGUACUUGUACAUUUUAAAUGGUAAUAUUAUAAGGUUUAUAACAUGGGCUUACUUUUAGAUACGUCUUAUAUCUAGAGACUGCAUGUGUGUAAUCAUGACAUUAACUUUCUGACCAACAAGAUCAAUAAAUUUCUAAUUAAUUAA